AUGCAAAAUUUCGAUCCCCAAAAUGAUCCGCAUGCUCGUGGCGACCCCUACAAGGUUCUCUUUGUUGCGCGCCUUAGCUAUGAUGUCAAAGAAUCCGACCUGGAGCGAGAGUUCGGCCGCUUUGGCCCCAUUGAAAGAAUCACCCUUGUCAAGGACACAGUAUCAGACAAGAAGAAGAAGAAGCCCCACCAAGGCUAUGCAUUUAUCGUCUACGAGCGCGAGAAGGACAUGAAAGCGGCCUACAAAGAAACAGAUGGCAUCCGGAUCAAGGACCGACGGGUUUUGGUAGAUGUCGAGCGUGGCCGUACUACCAGGGGAUGGAAGCCCCGUCGCUUUGGCGGUGGUCUCGGAGGACGUGGCUACACCAAGGCCAUGCCAAUUCGACCCGGUGGACCUGGAUUCAACGCACCAUCUGGACCCGGUGGUUUUGGAGGCGGUUUCCGCGGCGGCUUUGGUGGCAGAGGUGGUGGUUUCCGUGGUGGAGGUGGUGGUGGUGGUGGCUUCCGCGGUGGUGGUGACCGCUUCGGUGGCCCUCGUGGUGGUAUUGGAUAUCAAGGUGGACGCAACGGCUUCGGUGGAGGUGGACAAGCACCCCCAAACGCUCCCUCUGGACCCGGUGGUGGACGCAGUGGAGGCUUCCGAGGAGGUUUCGGCGGUGGUGACCGUGGUGGUGGCAGAUUUGACCGUGGUGUUACCGGAAGCAACUCAGAGCCCGUCCGACCCCGAGGAGACGGCUAUGGAGAUCGUGACCGCCGUGAUGACCGCGAUGAUCGUUACAGAGAUCGCCGCGAUGACCGUAUGGGAGACCGAAACGGAGACCGAGGUGGUGGAGACCGUUACCGGGACCGUGAUCGUGAGCGCGGCAGCGGCGACAGGUAUGGUGGUAGCAGUGGCGGCCGGGAAGACUAUGGCCGCAAGCGACACCGUGAGGAUGAUGCCGGAUAUGAUGACCCUCGCUCCAGGAGAAGAUAUUAG